UAUUGCGGCCAUAACCACAGACUCAAGCCCAGCUUACACCUAGAGCAACCAUGUCAACCCAAGAGAAAGUAGCCGAUCCUGAGGCGGCGAAGCCAGCUGAGGCGCCACCGCCAAAAGUGGAGGCCCCGCCUCCGCCUGCAGGUCCUCCACACGUGGCAAGAUUGCUCACGGCUCUUCGAGGGUUGCUGUUUGCUUUGACGCUGAUCGCGCUCUUGGUCAUGGUCUUUAGCAAGCAAACGAGAGAAGAUCCUUUUCCAGGACCAUUCUCAGGGGCACUUGCGGAGGCUAAGUUCGAUAACUACCCUGCUUUCAUAUACUUUGUAGUGGCUUUCUCAGUGGCUUGCCUCUACAGCAUCAUCACGGCACUCGCGUCCAUCUCGGUCGUCUUGAAGCCGGCCUUCUCAGCCAGCUUCCUCCUCUUCUUUGUGGUCUGGGAUGUGGUGAUGCUGGGAUUAGUGGCCUCAGCAACGGGGACAGCAGGAGGGGUUGCAUACAUAUGGCUGAAGGGGAACCGCCAGGGGAACAGCCAUGAGAGAUGGGACGAGUUUUGCAAUGUCUAUGACAAGUUUUGUCAGCACCUUGAGACCUCCAUUGCAGUCUCGAUCCUGGCUGCUUUGGUUCUCAUCCUCCUCAUCAUCCUCUCCAUCCUCUCUCUGCAAAAGAAGAUCCCACAGUAGAAAUCUCACACUUUUGAGUGUGACAUUGGCCUCGCCGUUCAUGUUCCCCCUGUGAAAAUGUUGUCCAUGUUUUGUACCUCAAGUACAGGUAGAUAGAUCAUAGAUGUGUUCUGCUCGUGAAUAAAAAAAAGGGGGCAUCUGUCCUCUGUAUUUUCACUGCAUACGUCUUGUUCUGGCAUUUAUAGUGAUGUACCAUCUUUUUCUUA